UCUGGGUUGGCCAUCAAAGAGGAAGGGCUUGUCUGUGGUCAGGGCUAUCUCGGGUACGGGCCAAGAAAAGGCGGGCAGUCCCGAGCGGCCUUGGGACUGCUGGGGACCUCGGAGGGAGCUGAGCCUAAGCUCCUCGACCCCGGCCCGAAGAGUUUGCCCUGGAGCAACGCUUAGAGAUCCCAGCCCGGGACUGGCACCGAGAGGGGAGGGACAGGAUUAUACUGCACUCUGCUGGUUAGCAGGUUGUUCUGACAAAAUGCUAGCAGAAGCUUUCUUACCUGGGAUCCUGUACCAAGAGCACAUUAAGUCAUACCAAGCACACACAUGUAAGCAGAACCCCAAAAAAGAAAAGGAACCUUGGACAGACCAGCUUUUGGAGAGUGAAGAUAUUAAGCUUCCCUCCACUGAAACAAAGGGGCUGGACAGUGGGCCGCCUGCAAGCUGCCCAGAGCACAAUAAGGAUAUGUGCCAGCAGAGAUCGGCAGAUGGGGUGGCAAUGCAGGGCCAACAGAGUGCAGCCCUCCAGGGCAAUGCGUCCACAGCGUUGCAGAUCCCCCAAAGAGCCCCACCAGAAGAAAGCGAGCUGGAUCUGUAUCGCUCAUGGUCCUGCGCUAGCAUCUGCCAGAAUUAUCCUGAUCUCCAUAUUGGGGGAAAUCGUGUGGGGCAUGCUUAUGAUUCUGGUUGUUUCAUGGACCAUGCCCAUGAUGAGACUUUCACAGGACCCUUGCUUCUCUCAGAGGACAUCCUACUGGGCCGUUCUCCCAUCCCCAGCAGGCAGCCUCCCGUGGCGUACAAAUUCCUGCCUGGAGAUGAGGUUCGAGAACGAAGCAUCCUCUUGCACAAACAGCCCCUCUCUGACUCAUUGCUUAACAGUUACGUGGAAAAGAAGGUGGAUGAGCUCUACAAGCAGGUUUUUGAAGAGAACUUGACCCGAUGCCGCUCUGUGACCAGUCUUGUGGCUUCCAAUCUACUAAUGAACAACUUGAAUCACAUUAGCCUUCAGAUCUCACAAGAACAAAACAUUGAGGUGUCCCGAGCUCGAGAGGCCCUCUUGCAGUCUAUGGCCUUGCGCAGCCUGUACUAUGCUUCCAAAGGAAACAGCUCAGAGCUCAGCACUCCCAACCUGCAGAUCUCUAGUCAGACAAAAUGGGAAAAGUUGCCGAAGUUGUAGGCAAUACCCUUUGGGCUGCUGCUGCUGUGUCAGAAGACUGCCCUAGUAGCCUUUUCAAUUUGGGGGUGGGAGGAAGAGGCAUCUUUGCACGUGGGGAAACAAUUCUGCAGAGCUCAGAGUUGACAAGUGCAUUUCUCACUUCAACCAUCGUCCAGUGGGAAGAUGCUGAAUUCAUCUUUUUUGGACUCAUUUUCAAAUUGUGGCGCUACCAUUGCUUACUGCCAUGGUGACAGGAAUACCAGAUCGCAGAAUUAUUAAGCUGGAAAAGACCUUUGAAGUAUAUAGUCCAAUGCACAAGCAAAAUAAUAAUCCUUACUAUACCACACCCAACAAAGGAACAUUCAGCAUCUAUGUGAAAUCCUCCAGAAAGGCAGGAACUCCUUACUCCUGAGGCAGCCCAUUGAACUUAUGGAAGCCUUUCAUUCCAUCAGACUUGAAUUUGCUUUGCAGUUUGUGUCCAAUACUUCUAGUUUGGCUUUCUCGGGCCAAACUGAAUAAGUCCAAUCUCUUUUCCUAAUGACAGUCCUUUGAAUACUUGAAGAUAGCAAUCACAUUUCCCCUCCCCCCCCUCUUGUUCAACAAACUAAAUGUUUCUGUUUCCUUUAACUGAUUUUUGUAUGGCAGAAACUCAAGGCCUCUUGUGUGUAUGUUGUAUGUUUCUCUUUUCAGGUAUAGAUUGGAUUAAAUGGUCACUGAAAUGCCUUCCAACUCAGAGAUCCUGAGAGUCUGUCAUUCUGUAAAGUUGCUUUUCCUCUUUGGCCCUCAGUUUUCCCAAUCUAUCCUGUCAAAGUUUGGAUUUGAUAGUCUUGAAGGUCCCUUCAAGCUCUUAGUCUCUGGUCCUGGGUAUGGAGAGCAAGUGCUCUCAUUAGCCUCAUUUGAGGUCAAUUUGAGGUUAAACCAUCAUGAGGAGACUGAGGCCUAUGAGAGUUUAGGUGACUUCUGGGGUAACUUUUCAAGGAUCUAACAGAGCUGAGACUCAAUGCCAAGUUUUCUGACUACAAGAUGGCUGGAUGGUUUUAUCCACUACAAGAUGUUCUGAACCUCCUCCAAAUGGCAAGUUCCUGUAUUUUGUGACAGGUACAUUGGAGAUGCUCAAUUGCUUUUUGCUUCAAAGGGAUGCCUGCUUCAUUUAUUCCCUGACUUCCCCCUUGCCUCUGCCUUCCUUUUGGCAGCAUUGUUUGCUACUGUGGUCAGGGGAGCUUAGACAGUUCAAAUAGCCAGAGGCUGAACCAGGGUCAGCACACCCCCUUAGCAAUCCUGCUCUGAAGGAUGCCCAGGGAUGAGAUUACAUUUGCUCUUGAGAGUGGGCCACAGGAGCAGUACUUCACAGAACAGGUCUUUUACCAGUAGGACCUUGUCCAUUGGGACUCUGUUCCUCUCUGAUUUAGGACAGAGUCUUAGAGAGCCACUGUGGUUGAAACAUUAACAUAUGAUUGCCCCAAAGGCUAUUGGAACUUGGUGAAGCUGGAUCUCCCAUGGUAGGAGCCCAUAUAUAACCCACAGUGGUUCUUUGCCAGCUUAUCCCUCAGCUCCUUCCAGCCAGAUAGAACUUGGCCUCACUUAGACUUCACCAGCAUAACCCUGGAAAGCCCAGGGUCACCUUUGUCCCCUUAGUGGGGCAUUGGAAGAGGACUUGGGUGGCUCAGUUUCUCUGAUCCUAAGACCUAAAGUUGGAACUGGCCUUCCAGAAUAUCUCUUUCACACCCCUUCUCUUGUGGAUGAAGACGGUGAGGGCCAAAGUAGGGAGUUGAUUUGUCCAAAGUCACACAGCUAAUCCUUAAUAGAUUGGAGAUUUGAACCUAGGCCCUCUGACUCCAAAGCCAGUGCUUCUGUUGGGCUCCAGUGACAUGGAGAGAGGGAGAGGGAGCUGAAGGGAACAGUGUACUUGGUGUUGAAACUUGAUCAUUCUGCACUAUUGAUUGGAAAUAGCCAUUGGCAGUAGUUUUUCAUGGCCUUGAUACAUAGACGGUUAAAGCCAUGGGGGACCUGAGUGAUCUGCUGAUAUAAUUGCCUCCUUUUAUAAAAGAGGAAACUGCACCCAGAGAGGGCAGGUUGUUUGCAAAAUAUUCCCCGAAGAGGCAGAUACCUCCCCCAUCUUGCUGGGCCCCAUACUUGUUUGUGCCAGGCCUUCUGUUCUUGGCACACAAUUCUUUCUUUCUUUUUUUCUUUCUUUUUUUUUUUUUUUUUUUUUUUUUUUUUUUUUGCUGAGGCAAUCGGGGUCAAGGGACCUGCCCAGGGUUACAGAGUUAGGAAGUGUUAAAUCUGAGAUCAGAUUUGAACUCAGGUCCUCCUGACUUCAGGGCCAGUGCUCUAUCCACUGCUCCACCUAGCUGCCCCCUUUCUUUCUUCCUUUUUUUUUUUACACAUAUAAUCAUUUUAAACAUAAUUCCACAUUAAUCAUGUGUUAAAGGAAGACCCAGGACCAAAGGGAAAAAUCCCAAGAAAGAAAAAAGAAACAAAAGAAAAGUGAAAAUGGCAUUAUUGGAUCUGCAUUCAGACUCCAUAGCUCUUCCUCUGGACGUGGAUACGAUUUUCCAUCAUGAGCCUUUUGGAAUUGUCUUAGAUCAUUACUUGUUCAGUCAUUCCCCACUUGAUGGACAUCCCUUCAAUUUUCCAUUUUCUUUUUUGGCACACAUGGACAGGCUAGUGAAGAGAAAAAGACUUUCCUCAAUGGACCGUGAAACCAUUGCCAUUUACUUGGUGUCUCUGCCUCAGUCUACUUUUCUGUAAAAUAGGAUAAUAGCAAUUACCCUAAAGAAGGGCCAUGAAGACUAAAAAGAUGAGAUGUUUUAAAAGCACUUUGAUUUUCUGUGAUAAGAGUUCUGAUUGUAGAGUGUCUUGAUAAGGGAAAAUUGGCCUUGUCAUCCAACUGUUGGCAGACUUGGACUCUGGACACUCCUAGAAGAGGCCCAGGGUCAAGGUUUUGGAAAAACUGACUGAAUGAAUUGAAGAUACUGACAAGCAGAUAUUUGUUUUUUCUGUUUCUUUUAAAGUUUGUUUUUAAUGGCAAGGUCAUCACAAUGGUAAAAUUAGUUAAUACUUCAAAUAUAUCAACUUUGUUGAUGUAAAUAAAGAUUAAUUGGCCAGUA